AAAUGUUCAUUAAAAAAAUAGUGUCGUGGUACAGAAUAUAUUAAGAUUUUAAGCUAAUUAUGUCGGAAACAAAGUGUUGGAAUAUAUAGCGAACGUAACAGCCAGUAUUAAAAAGAAACAGGAGGAUCUUCUAUCUUCUUUGGUUUAAUUUAGAUUUUUAGCUACAUUAAAUCAAUCAAUAGCAUUCACUUAAUGGCAUUAAGUCAAAAAAAUUGCGGUGAAUCUGAUAUAUUUGAAGUUGUUCAACCUUCCUCAGCAAAGUUAUUUUCACGCGAAAGACUUCUUCGUAAAAUUCAACGUUAUUUUUCACAAGAUGCAAACAGAUCACCUUUAGUUUUAUAUGGAAUGUCGGGUGUCGGAAAGACACACAUUGCUAGAAAAUACUGUGAAAUUAGUGAUAACUUCUAUGAAAGCAUUGUUUGGAUAGACGCAGCAUUUGGAAAUUUAAAAGAUUCAAUGAGAAACAAAUGUCAGUCAUUAGGAUUUAAUGUACAUGAUUCCAAAGGUGAUUACUUUAAAAUAGAAGUGGUUGUUGAAUUAAUUCACAACUAUUAUAAAAACUUAAAGACUUUGUUUAUUUUUGACAAUGUCGACGAUGAAAGUGUUAAAAACUUGACAAUGUACAUUUCGAAAAAACCAAAUUCAUUUACGUUGAUAACCUCUCAAUGGAGAACGUGGUCAGAUAAUGUAAAUAAAAUACUGGUUGAUGUUUUUUCUUCUGAAGAAGCACUCGCUUAUGUAAAAAAUAGUAUUAAAGAAAAAAGUAAUGAAAACAUACAAAAAUUAAUUAAAGAACUUGGAAGUCAUCCGUUUGCUAUUACUCAGGCAAUAAAAUAUAUAAAUAUAUAUAAAAUCUCAAUUGAAAAAUACAUCGAUCGAUUUAAAUCAAAGCCCUUAGAAAUACUAGACGUUAAGAACUUACACACUGAAGAAGAACCAAAAUCUGCAAUAAAAGCAAUUAAUUUAGUUUUAAUGAAAUUGGAAAAAACUAACUCUUUUCCAUUUCAAAUACUUAACUGUUUAUGUCAUUGCGACGUUCAAAACAUCAGUAAACAGUUUAUAUACGGUAUCUCAAAUCAAUUGAAAAUAAACAAAGAAUAUGUAAUAGAUGAUGCAAUCGCUUUACUUGUGAGUUAUUCUUUACUAAACUGUUUUGAUGAUGAAAAAUAUUCAAUCCAUGAACUGACACAGUUGACGUGUAAACGGUUUCAAAAAAAAAAAUCAACAACAAAUAUGUAUCUUGAACUUUUUGAAAAUCAUUUUAAAUUUGAGUUAAAUCAAGUAAAAGAUCACGUUGAUUACGGAAAUCAUUUCGUUUUUCAUUUUAUUUUUAUGUUUCGUAAUAACGAAAACAGAUUUACAGAAAACUUUCAUCAUAUGACAACAUCUAUUCAAAAACUACUAGUUUGUAAAGGUUUAUUUAAAGAAGCAAUCGAAAUACUAAAAGCUAUUCGAAGUUACAAUGAAAAAUGUUUUGGAGAAAAUAAUGAUUUCACGCUUGAUACAAAACAAAAUAUUGCAAUCUGUUUAAACGAUAUAGGAAAAUAUAACGAAGCUUUAGAAAUAUUAUAUGCGGUUGAUAAAAGAAGAACUGAACUUUUAGGUAUUGAUCAUCAAGAUACAGUAAUAACAAAACAUAAUAUUGCAAACUGUUUGUACGGUUUGGGAAAAUUUAAAGAAGCUUUAGAAAUUUAUUAUUCAGUUCAUAAAAUACGAACUAAAACUUUAGGUUUUGACAAUCCAGAUACAAUGACAACGAAGAAUAAUAUUGCUAGCUGUUUGUACAGUAUGGAAAAUUAUAACGAAGCUUUAGAAAUUUAUUAUUCUGUUGAGAAAAUCAAAACUGAAAUUUUAGGUAUCAACCAUCGAUCAACCAUGGAAACAAAACAAAAUAUCGCAGGAUGUUUGAAUAAUAAGGGGAAAUAUGAGGAAGCUUUAGAAAUUUACUAUUCUGUUAAUAAAAUAAAAAAUAAAAUUUUGGGUAUCAACCAUCCAUCUACAAUAACAACAAGAAAUGGAAUUGCAAGCUGUUUAUACGGUAUGGGAAAAUAUAACGAAGCUUUAGAAAUUUAUUGUUCUAUUGAUAAAGUAAAAACAGAAAUUUUAAGUGUUAACCAUCCAGAUACAAUGACAGCAAAACAUAAUAUUGCAAACUGUUUAAACAAUAUGGGAAAAUAUAAAGAAGCUUUAGAAAUAUAUAACUCUGUUGAUACAAUAAGAACUGAAAUUUUAGGUAUUUACCAUAUAGAUACAAUGACAACAAAACAUAAUAUCGCAAACUGUUUGAAUAAUUUAGGAAGACAAAGCGAAGCGUUAGAAAUUUAUUAUUCUGUUGAUAAAACAAAAACUCAAACUUUAGGUAUUAACCAUCAAUCUACGAUGACAACAAAAAAUAGCAUUGCAAGCAUUUUGUACGGUAUGGAAAAAUAUAACGAAGCUUUGGAAAUUUAUUAUCAUAUUGAUAAAAUAAAAACUGAAAGUUUAGGUAAAAAUCAUCCAGAUACAAUAAUUACAAAACAUAAUAUUGCAAACUGUUUGCUGUAUAUCGGAAAGUAUAACGAGGCUUUGAAAAUUUACUGUUCUGUUGAUGUAAUACGUACUAAAAAUUUAGGUAUUGAACAUCCAGACACACUUGCAACAAAACAUAAUAUCGCGCUCUGUUUGAACACAAUGGGAAAAUAUGACAGAGCUUUAGAAAUUUAUAAAUCUAUUGAUAAUAUACGAACUAAAUUUUUAGGAAUGAAACAUCCAGAUACAUUGAAAACAAAAUCUAAUGUCGCGCUCUGUUUAAGCAAUAUGGGAAAAAAUAACGACGCUUUAGAAAUUUAUUAUUCUAUUUAUAAAAUACGAACUGAAGUUUUAGGCAUCAACCAUCCUGAUACUAUGGCAACAAAAAAUAGUAUAGCAAACUGUUUGUGCAAUAUGGGAAAAUACAAUGAAGUUUUAGAACUUUUUCAUUCUGUUAGUUUUAAUGCUAACUGAUUCUUAGGCCAUCGACCAUUCAUGAA